AUGUCAGACCUCAGAUGUUCAGACGAGCUUCCACGUCAUCCCGGUGAACAAGUCCAUGACCUGCCCCCAGCCGUCCGACGAAGAGUCCAGAACCGAAUAGCACAGAGAAUUUGGCGUCAGCGACAGAAGGAGCUCGCGCGCACUGUUCGCAAUGAAAAUACUCAGAGCAACUUGAUCAUUCAACAGCAGGCACCGGACGACCACACUCUCUCUACACUUAGCCCGAGGCCGGGUAUUGCAGCGAUUCGAGAUUCAGAUAUCGCCCUCUCGGAACUUAUGGAAGGCACCUCCAUGCAGACAGUUUCGAUGCGCAAUCUGUCGCAGAUCGAGAUCAGCAAUCUCAAAAGAUUCUUUGAAGCUCACGCCAUGAACGACAGAGCUUGCGGCUCACCAAGGGCGGACAUGCUACUAACUCUUACACAGUUCAAUGUGUUCAGAGCGAUAAUCAUGAAUUGUACCUUACUCGAUGUCAGUUACCAGGUCGUCUGUGCAGACGACUCAAUCUCACCGUUCUAUAAUGGUGACACGGUGGAACAUGGCAGGCGAAUACCUGCCGCACUGCAACCGACUGAUCUUCAGCGGAGCCACAGCCAUCAUCCUUGGAUUGAUAUCGUCCCAAUCCCGAGGAUGAGGGACAAUCUCAUUCUCGUAGAUGACCUUUACGACGACGACGACGUGUGCAUUGCUAUGAUGGGAUUUUGCAGCAGUCCCCAAAAGCAGAUCGGACUCCUGGUAUGGGGCGAUCCUUGGACAGUUGACAACUGGGAGGUGACAGAAGAGUUCGCACGCGACUGGGGCUGGGUGAUUAAAGGCUGUAAUGAAUUGCUCGAGUCAACUAAUCGGUGGAGGGGGCUUCGUGGAGAAGAACAGUUGAGAUUAUUUCCUUAG